UCCGCGGUCAGCGGGGGAGGAGUUGUGGAAGUGUUUGUAGUCAAGCUAGUGAGGCUGCGCAGACCGUGACAAAACAGUUGCGCUUUUUCCUCCUUCACUCGUUUACAAGUUUGUCCUGCUCGGAACAGAUAAAUCCAACCAUGACCAAGGACCCGAAUAAGCCCAGGGGCAAAACCUCCUCCUACGCCUUCUUUGUACAGACCUGCCGUGAGGAGCACAAGAAGAAAAACCCAGGGGCCAGCGUCAACUUCGCAGAGUUUUCCAAGAAAUGCUCCGAGAGAUGGAAAACCAUGUCACCCAAGGAGAAGGUGAAGUUUGAGGACAUGGCCAAGAAUGACAAAAUUCGGUAUGAGAGAGAGAUGAAAUCAUACGUCCCCCCAAAAGGUGUCAAAGGCAAGAAAAAGAAGGACCCAAAUGCUCCUAAGAGACCACCCUCGGCUUUCUUUGUAUUCUGCUCCGAUUUUCGUCCCAAGAUCAAGGAGGAGUACCCUGGAAUCUCCAUCGGAGACACUGCCAAGAAGCUGGGUGAGAAAUGGGCAGCGACAAGUUCCAAAGACAAAGGCCCCUAUGAGGCCAAGGCUGCCAAACUGAAGGAAAAAUAUGACAAGGAAGUGGCUGCCUACAAAGCCAAAGGAGGCUCAGGAAAGAGUGACGCUGGCAAGAAAGGUGGACCGGGCAGGCCCUUCAAGAAGGCAGAACCAGCCGAUGACGACGAUGAUGAUGACGAGGAAGAAGACGAAGACGACGAGGAUGAAGAUGAGGAGGAAGAGGAGGACGACGACUAAAGUGAUUUCUAUGUUAAAGAUGUGAAGUUUGCAAUGCAUUGUUGAGCUAAAUGUGUUUGUGUGGAUGAUUCCAACAGUAUAGCCUGCUGUCCCUGUGGUCUGCUCACUAGGAUCCAGACCUCUGUCAAAUUCACAUUCAGGGAUUUAGUUUUUACUUUGUCACUUAGCCCCCCUGGUUUUCUUCUUUAAAAAAAAAAAAAAAACAACAAAAAAACAAACAAAUGUGUGCUUUGGUCCCGUUGGUUUAGUCCCAGUUGGACCCUGGGUUGUGUCUGAAGGCAGUGUGACCCUGGGUUGUGUCUGAAGACAGUCUGAUUGUUCCAGUGGACUCGAAUGGACCCAGAACCAAAGCACACCAGUCCAGUUUUAAGUACCUUUGGUUCCCAGAGCACUGCUUCUGUGUCCUGUUAGUGGUGCGGUUUCUUUGCUGUCAUUUUACUACCAGGAUUUAUCUGUAGUUGGAUUACAAAUGUUUGCAGCCAUUUUUAAUGUGGGGUCUUGUAGAGAAAAUUUUCUUUCGUAAUAAAAUUUUUUUGUAUAUUGA